AUGCCGCCCAAGCGUCCCUCGAGCGGCGGCGACGACGACGACGUGGCGGCGAGCGGCGCCAAGCGUUCGCGCCUCGUCGUGCGUCUCAAGCCCUCCUCUGCCGCCGCCGCCGCGCAGGCGGGCGGCAGCAGCGGUGCCGCCUCCACCUCGUCGCGCGCCUCCAGUCCGCGCCUGGCCGGCGGCGUCGCGACCGACGAUGCGCCCGACGACCUCGUCGAGCCCGAGUUCGAGUCGGGCUCCGAUGACUCGGACGCCGGCGCGCACCUCUCCAUUGCUGUGGGUCGGCGCCGUGCGCCGCCCAAAGGCCGACGGCGCGCCGCGAGCAGUGAGGCAGACACGAACACGCUCAAGCUCGACCAUGCCAGUCGCCCGCUGUGGAUCAAUCCCGACGACCGACACAUCAUCCUCGAGGGCUUCAGCCCCAUUGCGGAGCAGGCCAUGGACUUUCUCAUCGCCAUCGCGGAGCCGGUCAGCCGGCCGACUUUCAUCCACGAGUACAAGCUCACGAUGUACUCUCUGUUUGCCGCCGUGUCGGUGGGCCUUCAGCCGACGGACAUUCUCGAGGUGCUCAACCGCCUGUCCAAGUCUCCCGUGCCCGCCAGCGUGGCCGCCUUUGUGCUCGACAACACGCAGUCGUUUGGCAAGGUGAAGCUCGUGCUGAAGCAGAACCGCUACUACAUCGAAAGCGCGCAUGCCGAUGUGCUCCGCCGCCUGCUGCAGGACGAGGUGAUUGGCCCGGCUCGCAUCACCGAGGCCGAGGGAGAGUCGAGAGCGCAGAACGGCCGCCUGCAAGUGCUGGGUCGAGCCGCGGCGCCGAAGCGCGGAGACCUCGUCAUUCCCGGCACCGAGGGCGCGGCACGCAAGGCGGCGCCCGCCAAUGCCGCUGCGGCCGCUGGUGCUGGCGGAGCGCAGAUUGGUGCUCGGCCUGGUGCCCGACCUGCGGCGCCCGCACCGCCGACGACGGGCAGUGGCGUGGGCCGCGAGCCGCCUGGCUCGGCGGCGGGCGCAUCAGCUGCCAUGGCAGGCGCUGCGGCCGCCACCGAUGCGGAUCUGUUCAGCGCCAUCAUUGGUGUAGACGACGAGGCCGACGAGGCUGCGGCGCUGGACGACGAAGAUGUGGUGCAUUCCUUUGAGAUUCGCGAGGAGCUCACCGAGGACGUGCGCCGGCGCUGCAACGACAUUGGCUUCCCCAUGCUCGAGGAGUACGACUUCCGCAACGAUCGUCUCAAUGCCGACCUCGACAUCGACCUCAAGCCCGUGACGCACAUCCGGCCGUACCAGGAGAAGAGUCUGAGCAAGAUGUUCGGCAACGGCCGCGCACGCAGCGGCAUCAUUGUGCUGCCGUGCGGCGCGGGCAAGACGCUCGUGGGCAUCACGGCCGCCUGCACCAUCAAGAAGAGCUGCCUCGUGCUUUGCACCAGCUCCGUGUCCGUCAUGCAGUGGAAGCGCGAGUUUAUGCAGUGGAGCAACAUCCAGGACAACCAGAUCAGCGUGUUCACUGCCGACCAGAAGGAGAAGUUCUCGGGAGCAGCAGGCAUCGUCGUCUCGACGUACUCGAUGGUCGCCAACACCGGCAAGCGCAGCCACACGUCGCAGAAGAUGAUGAAUUUCCUCGAGUCGCGCGAGUGGGGCUUCAUUCUGCUCGACGAGGUGCACGUCGUGCCCGCCAGCAUGUUCCGGCGUGUCUUGACGAAGAUCAAGGCGCACAGCAAGCUCGGCCUGACGGCCACGCUCGUGCGUGAGGACGAGAAGAUCGACGAGCUGAACUUCUUGGUGGGGCCCAAGAUGUACGAGGCCAACUGGAUGGAUCUGGCCGCCAAGGGACACAUUGCGACAGUGCAGUGCGCCGAGGUGUGGUGUCCCAUGACGCCCGAGUUCUACCGCGAGUAUCUGCGCGAAAAGAGCCGCAAGAAGAUGCUGCUCUACUGCAUGAAUCCGGCAAAGUUUCAGGCGUGUCAGUUCCUCAUUGCCUACCACGAGAACCGCGGCGACAAGAUCAUUGUCUUCUCCGACAAUGUCUAUGCGCUCGAGGCAUACGCCAAGAAGCUCAACAAGCUCUACAUCCACGGCGGCAUUCCGCAGACGGAGCGCAUGCGCAUUCUGCAGCACUUCCAGCACAAUCCGCAGGUCAACACGAUUUUCCUCUCCAAGGUCGGCGACACGAGCAUCGACCUGCCCGAGGCGACGUGUCUGAUCCAGAUUUCGAGCCACUUUGGCUCGCGGCGCCAGGAGGCGCAGCGCCUGGGGCGCAUUCUGCGCGCCAAGCGCCGCAACGACGAGGGCUUCAAUGCCUUUUUCUACAGCCUCGUCAGCAAGGACACGGCCGAGAUGUUCUACUCGACGAAGCGACAGCAGUUCCUCGUCGACCAGGGCUAUGCGUUUCGCGUCAUUACGGAGCUCGUGGGACAGCAGGAGAUGCCGGACCUCGUGUACAAGACGCAGUCGGAGCAGAUUGAGGCAGAGGCUUGGGGGUGCAUCUGCACCUGCACCCAUUCUCUUGCGCGCUACGCAAGCCGCGCAAUGGGCUGA